AUGAGGACAUUUCUUAAAUCCUGGAUUCCUCAGUGUUUGUGGAUUCUCAGGUCACCUUCCAGAACAUUCCAUGGAAACAACAGGCUUCUUACAUUUCAGAUUACUUCCCAUUUUGAAUCUGUAAAUCAGGGUAAAAAGGAAGUGCCAGAAUAUUUCAACUUUGCAAGUGAUGUCUUAGAUGAGUGGGCACGACUGGAAAAGGAUGGCAGAAAACCAGCAAAUCCAGCUUUCUGGUGGGUCAAUGAUAAGGGAGAGGAGGUGAAGUGGAGCUUUGAGGAGCUGGGCUCUCUGUCCAAGAAGGCAGCCAAUGUCCUUUCUGAGGCCUGUGGUUUGCAGAGAGGAGACAGAAUUGUGGCAAUUCUGCCUCGUGUUCCUGAGUGGUGGCUCCUGAACGUGGCCUGCAUGCGAGCGGGAAUUGUCCUUAUUCCAGGAACAUCCCAACUAACUGCCAAAGACAUCUUAUACCGACUCAAGGCUUCAAAGGCCAAGUGCAUUGUUACCAAUGAUGCCCUGGCACCUGCAGUGGAAUCUGUCCUGUCUGACACCCAGUUCCUGAAAACCAAACUCAUUGUAGGCCAGGGGAGCAGGGAUGGGUGGCUGAACUUCAAAGAACUCCUUGCGGUUGCAUCUGCUGACCAUCAGUGUGUCAAGACAAGAAGUCAAGACCCAAUGCUGAUCUAUUUUACCAGUGGAACUACAGGCUUCCCAAAAAUGGUGCUGCAGUCCCACAGCAGUUACGGCAUUGGAUUUGCAGUCAGUGGCAGGCAUUGGUUGAAAUUGACUCCUUCAGAUAUAAUGUGGAAUACCUCUGACACUGGCUGGGUAAAAGCAGCUUGGAGCAGUGUUUUUGCACCGUGGAUCUGCGGAUCUUGUGUCUUCAUACACAGUAUGCCACAGUUUAAACCAGAAGUUAUUGCAGAGACUCUCUCAAAAUAUCCCAUCACCACCUUCUGCACGGCUCCCACUGCCUUCCUCAUGCUGGUCAAACAUGAUGUGAGCAGCUACAAGUUCCCGAGUCUGAAGCACUGUGUAACUGGAGGGGAAGCACUCAAUCCAGAAGUGUUGGCGAAGUGGAAAAUCCAGACAGGGGUGGAUAUCCAUGAAGGUUAUGGCCAGACCGAAACAGUGACAAUCUGUGCCAAUAUGAAAGGAAUGAAAAUUAAACCUGGCUCUUUGGGAAAACCUGUUCCACCUUAUGAUGUGCAGAUCGUAGAUGAGCAAGGGGCUGUGGUGCCUCAAGGAGAAGAGGGCACCAUUGCUGUCCGGGUGAAGCCCAAACGGCCCUUCUGUCUGUUCUCCGAGUACUUGGAUAAUCCAGAGAAAACUGCUGCCUCUGUGCGAGGAGAUUUUUAUCUCACUGGAGACAGAGGCUUUAUGGAUGAAGAGGGAUAUAUCUGGUUUGUUGGAAGAGCUGAUGAUAUCAUUAACUCUGCUGGGUACCGCAUUGGCCCCGUUGAGGUGGAGAGUGCAUUGAUAGAGCACCCAGCAGUGGUGGAGGCGGCUGUGGUCAGCAGUCCCGACCCAGUGCGAGGGGAGGUGGUCAAAGCUUUUGUUGUUUUAGCUCCUGCUUUUGUAUCACAUGAUCCAGAAAAAUUAAUUCACGAGCUUCAACAACAUGUCAAGAAGGCGACUGCGCCAUACAAGUAUCCAAGGAAGGUGGAGUUUGUUCAGGAGUUGCCAAAGACAGCUACUGGGAAAAUCCAGAGAAAGGUUCUAAAGAACAAAGAGUGGGCAAAGGUGUAA